AUGAGUGAAAGAUUAAGGUGGGAAUCUCCACUUCUUUUUACUAACAUCUUUCAUGCAUUUCAAACAUUAUUUUCUACUGGGGAUUUAUUUUUUAGUUGCAAUGAUACUUUGACAAUGAUUACUGAACAAGCUCAAAAAGCAAAACAAAGUUAUAUAAUUAAAAAUGUAGAGCCAAAACCAAAUGUAUUAUAUUGUGGAAGAAGUUUAAAAGAGAUAUUAGAAUCUGAAGGAAGACCUUAUUAUCAAUUACCUCGUAUAAUAGAAAAUAUUUUGGUUUAUUUGUACAACAAAGGAUGUACUACCCAUGGAAUUUUUAGAGAAACUACUAAUGCAAGUACCAAAGAUGUUGAAGAAAUUUACCACCGAAUGAGUGUUACUGACUUUGAAGAUCUUCCACCUGAUGUUGUUGCUAAUGUAUUUAAAAAGUUUUUAAGAGAGAUGAAAGAAAAAGUAUUUCCAUAUGAAGUUUCAAUGUAUUUAUUAAAAGAAUGGCAAAAAGGAAGAGCAAAAACAAGAACAACUUCAGCAGAAAAAAGAAAAAUCAUUCUUGAAGCUAUUAGAAAGAUGCCACCAGAAAACGUUACAUUAUUAAGAA